AUGAAAAGCGGGUUUGAAAUUAAUAAGAAUAAAGAAGAAAUAGAUAAAAUAAAUGAAACAGAAAAAGAAAAAAAGAAUGAAAUAAAAAACAAUGGUGAAAUGUACGACGAUCAGGUUGAUAAUGACCAGAAGGAUUACAAAGAAAUGGGCUAUGAAAAAGUGAAUUAUAUAAAAUCAGGAUACAAAAAUGAUGAAUAUGAAAAUUAUGAGUUAACCAAAAGGGAGUCCGAUGAUGGAGGGCUCUCGAGUAUCAAUAGUAAAAUAGCUGGAGUAUAUCCACUUUGGAAAAUCGAAGAAAUAAAGGAAAACAACGAAAAGGACAUAUCUUACAAUAAGGUUUCCUCAAAUAAUAUACAAUAUAGUGAAACUGUAGGAAAUGAAUAUAUAAUAUUAGAUAAUUUUGUAAAAGAUGAAAGAAAAAAAAAGAAAAAAAGUAAAGACCAAAAUGAAGAGAAGCACACACCAUACACCAAAAAAUUCAAACAAAUAAAGAUAGAACAUAAUAUGCGUAAUAAAUAUAAUCAAAUAUCAGGAUUAAAUACAACCAAUUAUUUACUAAUUCCUGAUGGAAUACGACAUAAAUAUACAAAGACUUAUUUAUUUCAAAUAUCAAAACGGUUACUUGUAAUGAAAAAACCUUGGAGGUUACCAAAAAAUGUAGAAUUACAAAUUAAUAAUGUAUAUCAUUUAUCAAAUUAUAUAAAGGUUUUAGAAAGAGUGUCAAGUGAAUAUUUAAAUGAUUCUCCUGUAAAUUGUUAUUAUAAGGGCUUAGAUUUAUAUAAUAAAAAUGUGUUUGCAAAUAUAGAUUAUUUAUUAAAAAAAGUAGAUAUAAAAAAAUAUCCCAAAAAUAUAAAGCAUAAAAAUUUAAUAAAAAUAAAUGAAUGUUAUUAUGAUUUAAAUACAUUUGGGAAAUCGCCAAAUUCUAUGCUUUAUCAAUCUUACAUAAUUUGGGAUAUACAUGGUAAUUGUUUAAGUUUAGAACAAGAAUACGAUCAUUUUUUUGAUUCUCAGAUUAUGGAUUAUAAUUUUGGUGAAAAAGAUUAUCCAAAUUUAAAGUAUAUAUCUAGUAUUUGUAGUUCUAUAUUAUUUUGGUUGAAUUUAAAUCAAAAAGACAACUUUUCUAUUAUCAAUUAUCAUAAAAAUUGUUCAUUUACUUUGUUAAUAUUUUCAUGUGUUAUGCUUGCCCUUGAUAAUUCUUUAACAUUUCAUGAGAUUCAAGAAACAUUAUAUAAAUCAUCUAAAAUGGGAAGCUCAUCUGAUAAUGAUACUGAAACUGAUAUUGGCAGUGAUUUUGAAAAUGACAUGAAUAAAAUAAAAGAACUAGGUAUACACGAAAAAUAUUGUACUGAAUCUAACUAUUUGUUAAAAGAAUAUGAAUAUCUAUCUAAUUAUGAAAAUUGUAAUAACCAAAUUGAUAUUUUAAAUAAAAACUUAGAUGAUAUUGAAUAUAAUGAAGCCCUUUGUAAAGUCUCAUCGGAAAAAUUGGAUUUGGUUCAUUAUAACAGCACGUGUGAACAAAAUAAAUAUAAUAAUAAAUUAUAUCAUCGAAAUGAAGACGAAAAUGUUUUUAACAAUGUAUUGGAAUCUAGAAAAUAUAGCAACUUCAGCAUGAGUAAUAGUAUUAAUGAAAUUAGAUAUGCUAGAAAUAUAUAUACAAAUGAGAAAGGAGAAAUCAAAAAUACAUCCAAUGAUAAUAAUAAAGAAAAUAUUAGUCCUUUUAAAAAAAAAUUUCAAUAUCAUACACUGAAUCUAGGCAGUAAAGAUAAUAUAAUAUAUAACGAUACUGAAUUAGAUAAGACAAAAAAAAAAAAGUUAAAAAAAAAUAUUUCCAACUCUUGGGGAUUUGGCUCACCUAAUCUAGAUACACAUAAAAAUAAAAGUAAAAUAAAAGAUCAUCAUUUUUGGAUACCAUUUGAUUAUUGGAAAGCAUCACAUAAACGAUACUUUUUUUAUAUGUAUGAACUAAUUAAAAAUAAAAAUAAACAAACUAAAAAUACUCCAUACAAAUUAAAGAGUAUAAUUUUUACUGAUUAUGUCAUAUGCUCAUUGUCAGUAGAAGUAUAUGAAGUUAUAUAUAAAGAUAAUAAAUAUUUUUCUUUUAAUGAUUUAUCGAACACUCAAUUAAAUAUUGGCAAUUCUACUGAUGGAAACCAAAUAUAUAGUGAUAAAAAUUUUUCAGAUAUUAUGUAUACGUCUACUGAUAAUGAAUGUACACAAGACGAAGUAAAAGACAAAACAAAAAAUAAAAAUAAAAAAAAGGUUGAAAAAAAAAAGAAGAGAAAAAAAACACCUUGUUGUGACUGCAAAUUUGGCUUUACAAACAGAUCUUCUAUGUCAUCUUGCAAUCAAGAUGAUGAUAAAACUGAAAUAAAUGAACAAGAAACUGUUGAUAAUGAGAAUAAAAAUAGUAGGUAUAAAAAAAUGUACGAUUUAAAUAUUCCCUAUAUAGAUGAAAAACAAUCAUCUGAUUUAUCUUUCACCAAUAAUAGACAUCAUAAAAUUAAUUAUCAAAAAGUUGGAAAUACAGAUAAAAAAAAGGAGCCCAACAUUUAUAUAGGGGAUAAGGGUUUUCAAGAAGAUAUAAUAAAUAAUACUAAUUUAAAACAAGACAAAAAUUCAAAUUGGAAUGUAAAGAAGGCAAAAUCCACAAGUAACAUAGAGAGAAUAUGCUCAUCUUGUAAUUUGCCAAAAUCGUCAAAAUUUCAUAUCAAUAAAAGAAAAGUAAAAUCAUUAAAUAAUUUAUCAAAAAAUUUUGAAAUGUUUGAUAAAAUUACUUUAGAAAAUGAUGAAAAAGAGGAUUAUUUACUUUGUAACAAUAACUCUAUUUGUAAUUGUAGUAUAAGCAGUCAUAAUUACAAUAAAAAUAACGAUAGUUUUUUGUUUGAAGAAAAUAGUAAAAACAAUUCGCUAGUUAAUGGAGAUUCUGCCACUAUGUUUGAAUCAAAUUCAUUUAUCAAAUUGCCAUCCCCAGGAAAUAAAGAAAAUAAUAGUUUCAAAAAAAAUCAAAAAGAAUCUACACAAAUAUCUGGAGAAGAAGAUAAUUUAAACUUUGUUACAAAUAAUGAAAUUAGGGAAUAUAAUAUUUUAGAAGAAAAUAAAUACCAAUGCAGGGAUAUAAAAAAAGACAAACUAUAUAAUACGAUAAAAAAAAAAGCGAAAAAUGAAAUCUUUAAUAAUAAUGAGCUUGAUGAAAAAUUGUUAGGAUCAUGUACAAGACCUGGAUAUGAAUAUAUAUUAAAAUGCAACCAUUUAAAUUAUAAUUUUAUUUCAUCUUAUGAGAAAAACAAAAAAAAAUAUGUAACCAUCGAUUUUACUCAUGACUCAGAAGGUAAUGAAAAAGAACAUAUUAUAUGUGGGGAUAUUCUUAUAUUAAUUGGUCAUAAAAAUGCGGAUAAAUAUCACAAGGGGUUUUGUACGUCAUAUUCUUUUCAUACUGGAUUUUUAAAAGGUUCGAAUUCUGAAAUUAUUCAUAUAAGAAAAGAAGAUAUGGAUAUUAAUAGCAAUUAUGAAAAUUAUAUUCCAGAUUCAUGUAAAUUGUCUAUGAUUUUAGAACCUACUACUAAUAAUGAUAAUAUAAAGGCUUAUAAAAAGAUAUUAGUGGAUAAUAAUAGAAUCGAAUAUUUGAAGGAAUUACAAAAACAUGAAGAAAACAAUAUUUUUAUGAAUACAGAAAUAAAUAAUCCAUCAUUUAAUGAGGAUAAAAAAGAAUGUGACAUUAUUAAUAUAGAAAGUGAAAAUAAUAGUGAUAGUCAAGCUAACAAAAAUGAAAUUCUCACAAAUAAUUUGAAACCGAAUGCUUCAACAAAUGUAGAUAGUAUUGAAAAGCAAAAACAAAAACCUUCACUUGAUGGAGAAAAGAAAAGUAGAAGAAGCAUAUUCCAAUUAAUUAAUAAACAAACUAAAAGUGGAAGUAUAGAAAAUGAGGAGAAUCAAAAAGGAGAAGAAGACCAAACCUCGAAAAGCGAAUCUUUUAAAAAACGUUCUGAAAGUUCGGAAGAUGCAAAUCAAAAAAUGGGAGAAACGAAAGAAAUAAAAGAAAAUGCAUUCAAUAAUAUUAGUAAUAAUAAAAAAAUGGAAUUAAAUUCAAGAGUAAACUAUAAUAUAUAUGCAUCAUUUAGUGAAAAGGAAACUAAAUCAAAAUACAGUACAUCUAACAUAACUCAAUUGCUAUCGUCACUAUUUGGAUUCAAAAAUAGAGAUGAUAAAUUUUCAUUAUUAAAAAAACAAAAUGCAGGAUCUUUAUUAUCUUCGAAAAAAACAUUUUCAAAUUUAAUUUCGUUAAAUGAUUUUUUGCAAAGACAAUAUGAAAUAAUAUCAAAACCAUCAGAAAGUUUAUCAAAUUUUGUUUUAAGCCACGUAAAAAAAGUUAACAUGCCAUUAGUGCAAUAUUUAAAAGAAAUAACUUAUUUGUCCAAUUUGGAAAUAUUUUUAUCUUUAAAAAUAUGUAACAAUGAUAUUUAUAAAGCCUUGAAAUUUAUUGAAAUAACCUGGGGUUUAGAUACUGUAAAGGGUGAUAGCAAUAGGAAAGAUAAUAAUAUUAUAUUAAAUGAAAAUAGUAGUAAUGCUACUAUUAAUAAUUCUAAACCUGAUACCUCAAUAGUAAACGAUUUGCCAAAAUGCGGUGAAGAAAAAAUUAAAGAUCCCAUACUUGAAGAAAACAAUAAUAAAAUUUUAUCAAUUUCUGAUAAAAUCCCGAAUAUAUCUCAAGAUAUAAAGUCCACAGAUAUUAAUAAAAUAAAUGUUGAAACUUCUGAUAAAGUAAAUAAAGAUGAAUCUAUAAAUAAUCAAAAUAUAGAACCGUUAUGGAAUAAGAAUAAUAAUGUACUUACAAAUGAAGAAAAUUGUAAUAAUAAAGACAGCUUAAAUAAUACUAUUAAAAUACAGAAUGAAGAAAGUGAAACAUUGCAAACUGAAUGCUUAACAAAGCAUGGAAAAGGUACAAUAAAGGAUUAUGCAAAUAUAUAUGAGAGUAAAAUACAACAAAAAAGGGACUUGAACUCACAUUAUGCUAACAAAAAAUAUAUAAAAAAUAAAGAUACACCAACGGUUGUUACACAUGAAAGCGAUAUCAAAAUUUCCAAAUUUGAAAUUGACAAAGUAGAAUAUGAAAAAGCGGACAGUAUUGAAAUGGUGAAAGAAGAAGAGACGAAAACUGAAUGUAUUGAAAAGAAAAAUGAAAACAUUUCAAGUAUAUCAAGUAACAUAAAAACAGAUGAUAUUCCUUUACAAGAGGAUAAUAAUAUUAAUGAUAAUAUUAGUAAUAAUAUAUUUAAAAAAUUAGAAGAGAGUAAUUUUUUUUAUGCAAAAUUACCUAGUGGUGAUUUGGUUAAGUUAAAAGUCCAAGAUCCACAUAAUUUAUAUGCUCAUGAUAAUGCUCCUUUAUUAUUAAUUGAAUCCGUAAAUCUUUCAGAAAAAUCCAUAAAUAUUCUAGAUGCAUUAAUAAACGAAAAAAAAAAUAAUAAUGAUAUAAAAAACAAUACUAUAACUAGUGAUCAUAGUGUAAGUAAUUUAGAAAAGACAUAUAAUGAAAUAAAUAAAAAAACGGAAGUGGUUGAAUCUAUAAAUAGCAUUGAAACAGAAGAGGGAUCUACUAUUUAUAAAACUUACAAUUCCACCGAUUUUAGAUCGUCCAUUUCAGGAACAAAUUUUAGGGAGAGAGAAUUUUCGACCCAAAAAUCGGAGGAUAUACUUUAUGAGAAUUCGAAAGAGAAAAGGAUCGAAGAAAAGGUUGAAGAAAAAAAGAUAGAAGAAAAGGUUGAAGAAAAAAAAACAGAGGUAGAAACAAAAAAGACGAUGACAAAAAAGGCACCGACGACUAGACCACCGAUGAAAUCGACUUCCGCAAAAACUAUAAUAAAAAAAUCAACACAGAAAAAACCCCCACCACCCCUUCCAAAAUCAUUAGCAAAAGCUGUUCCUACCAAAGAAGCGAUUGAACCGCAACCUGCCGAAAUAUCAAAGAAAGAUUGUAGCAAAAUUAUAACUACUUCUAAAAAAAAUGGAAAAAAAGCGCCAAGCCUUCCAGCAUUUCUUUUAAAUAAAAUGAGUAGUGGAAAAUCAAAAGGUGUUUUAAAAAAAUGUCCACCAGGUCUAUGCUUAAAAAAAGCAGGAGCGCUUGAAGAAAAAAGACCACUAGGUAUUAAAUUACAUUGGCAAUUAUUACCAACACAUAAAAUUGAAGGAACAGUUUUUAACGAAAUAAAAGCUCAAGAAGUUAAAUAUAACUUAAUAGACACAAAAACUGUACAUAAAUUAUUUUCAAGAAUAAAACAAGAAAAAAAAAUUGUAAAGAAAAGUGUAGAAGAUAAGAAAAAAAGUAAUGAAGAAAAAUUAAUUACAGUUCUUGACAGAACAAGAGCACAAAAUAUUGGAAUAUUAUUAAGAUUUCCAAUGAGCACACAAGAAAUAGUAGAUAAAAUAAAUGUAUUUGAUUUAGAAAAUAUUAAUACAGAGUUUUUACAAAAGGUGUUACAUAUAUUACCAACAAAAGAAGAAAGUGAUGGAAUUUUAGAAAAAUUAAAAGGUAAAGAUGUUAAUGAAGAAAGUUUUCGAGAUGUUGAAAGAAAAUUAAUACCUUUUAUUCAUUCAAAUAAAAUUCAAUGUAAAAUUGAAAUAUGUUUAUUUUCAUUAAAAUAUGAUAAAAUAAUAAAUGAUAUAAAUAAAGAUUUAGAUACAUAUGAUCAAGCAAUAAAAGAAGCAAGAUCUAGUCCACGUUUAAGAUCUUUAUUAAAAGCUGUUUUAAAAUGGGGAAAUUAUGUUAACUAUGGAAUAAAUGAUAAUCAAGAUUUAGUUGCAUUAGGAUUUACUUUAUCUUCUGUUUUAAAAUUAACUGAAUUUAAAGCAUCAUUAGAUAGUUCUAUUACAUCUUUACAUUAUAUUACUGUUAGUUUGUGUAUUUCUUUACCCAAUUUAAAUAUGAACCAUUUAGAAAACGAUUUACAAUCUGUCUUAUUAGCAUCUAAGAUGUCAUCCGAAUCUGUUGAUAUUAUGUUUGCAUUAUUAGAUAAAGAAAUAAAUUAUAUUAAGACACAAUUAAAUUUUAAUUUUGAAGAAAAGUUUAUGGAAAAAAUGAAAACAACUUUGCAUGAUAGUGAGACCAAAUAUGUUAAAUCUAUGGAGAGAUAUCAGGAAAUUAAAAAAGAAGUAUAUGAAUUAGGAAAAUAUUUAGGCGAAGAUAUUCCAAAAACAGGAAAUCUAGAAAAUAUAUUUAUUAUUUUAUCAUCUAUUGUUAAUAAUUUUACAAAAUGCUAUAAAGAAAUUUCAGCAAAUACAAAAAAAUUUGCAAUUAUGUUAAAUGAUGAAAAAAUGUUAAAUGAAUAUUAUAAUGUUUUUAAUAAAAAUAAAGGUAAAUAUUCAAGUAAUUUAAAAAAUUCUAACACGGCUAAUAAAAACUCAAUAAAUGAAACUAAUAAAGAAAAAAGUAUUGUAAAAACCAAAGGCCCAUUCAAAAUUAAAAUAAAUAAUACUAAGUCAAGUGCUAAAAAUAAUAACGCUAAACCAUCCAUGUUUCAACUUAAAAAUAUGCUGUUUCGAGAUAUUCAAAAUGCAGCACUUAAAAAAAAUACUAAUACAAGUUCUUUAAAAAACCAAGACGACAAAUCUAUUGAUGAACAGGAUAAUAAAAAAGACACAGACACAAAAGUUGCAGAAAAUCUGAAAGAUGCAAAUAAUACGGAAACCGUCGAAAAGGAAGCUAAAGAUUUAUCUUCAAAAAAUAACGAGAACAAUGGAAAGGAAAAUAGUCAAGAAAUUUCUUGCGCCGAAGCAUUGCCCAUAUCAGUUGAUGUGCCUACUGUUUCCAAUGAUCCUAAUGGUAAUAAUAAAGAGGAUGAUAGUAAAAACAAUAUUGUAGCAACUUCCCCUAUUCUAAAUGAACCCUUAAAAACUGAUCAUUUAAUUAAUGAAGAGGGAACUAAAGACAAGGAAUUAAAAUAA